AUGGCUCCACCACCAUCCCUAACAGUCAAUACUCUCCCAGCUCAAGCGCUUCCACCACUCACACGCAUCGACCCUCGCUCUCCCGCCGUACUCCAAGCCAUCUCCCCGCCCAAGAAGCAGAUCCACUCCGACGAGGAUCUCCUCAAGUGGAAGAAUUCAAAAGCGUACGCCGAUAUAGUCCUCUUCGCUAGCAGACUGGGAGAGGCGGCUGUUGGGAAGGAGACGCGCUGGCCGAGGAGUGCAGCAGAGCUGGACGGAUCAGGGGAAGGCAGCUCCUCGGAGAGUAUACCACGCAGGAAGAAUACAGGAAUAGAGGCGGUCCUUCAGCUGCUGCAGACACUUCUUCGGUGGACGGAGGAGAUCGAGCCAAAGCAGACGCCGCAGAGAUUUGGCAACCUCGCUUUCAGAGACUGGGGUGCGAGACUAGAAGAGCAACUCGACGAGCUACAUCAUGACCUCCUAGCCUCUCAGCUCCACCUGCACCCCUUCAUUCCCGAGCUCUCGCCUUACCUCGUCGACUCUUUCGGCUCCUUUGUGCGGAUAGACUAUGGCUCCGGUCACGAAGUCACCUUUCUCGCCUGGCUCGGACUCCUUUUCAAGCUUGGAUUCUUCGACCAGCAGGACGACGCAAACGCGGGUGGAGCGAGCGGUAGCACUAGUACGGAGAAGAGGAACGGGAGUGUAGAAGAGGCGACCCAGGUAGAGGAGGCACUGGCGCUGGAGGUGCUCCCGCUGUAUCUACAGGUCGUGUGGGGACUGCAGGAUCGGUACGCACUUGAGCCGGCUGGGUCGCAUGGUGUCUGGGGACUGGACGACUAUCACUUUAUACCCUACAUCAUCGGCUCAGCCCAACUCCGUCUACAAUCCUCAUACCUCCCCUCUCACUUCUCCUCCAGAUCUCACAAACCCUCCAAACGACCCUCUCCCGCCGAGCUACUACACUACCUCCCUACAUCUUCCUCCGUGGAGCCCUCCCCACCUUUCCCAAACCUCUUCACCUCGUCCAUCUCCCGCAUCCACGCCCUCAAAUCCGGUCCCUUUCACGAGCACUCCCCCCUCCUAUACGACGUCUCCACUUCGGUACCCAAUUGGGUAAAAGUCAACAAGGGGAUGAUGAGAAUGUGGGAGGUCGAGGUAUUGGGCAAGAGACCGGUGGUGCAGCACUUUGUCUUUGGUGGGGUGGGGUGGAUUUGGGAAGGGGGAGAGGGGGUGGGAGAUGUGCGAGAGGAAGGGAAAGCAGUGGGAGGUACCGCUUCUGGUCAAAGUGGAGCUCAACAGCCCGCAACAAGGGCACCGUGGGCUUCAGGAGGAGGAGCAGCAGCAACCGGUCUGCCAGGUGCAACACAACGUCCUACUACGUCGGAAAUGCCACCGCCGUCGACAAUGUCCGCCACUCUGGGCCCACUUGGCAGCGCCAGAAGAGGUCCACCGCCCUCGAGCACCCCUUCCAGAGGCAUGGCCCCACCUCCCCUUCCUGCAACAUCCGUCAGCGGGACGGCUGCUCCGUGGGCGACAGGCGGCACGAGUGCUCCUUGGGCUAAAAAGGGGUGA